AGUCGAAGAAUUUGGCAACUAUAAAUGACGGUUCAUUUUGUUUGCGCCUACUGCUGAAGUUAUUAUUUUUAUCAUUUAUACCAAAUCGUAUUUUGAAUAUAUGCAUCAUUGCAAAUCAGCUUGUUAUGCAGAGGCAUGGACUGUGAUCCCCACCAACCAUUUGGGCUCUUUUGUGUGAUGGGAGGAUGGGUACGUCAACUGACCAGUGACUGCCCACUGAAAUUGGACAAGCUCUGUCCUGCCCAGCUGACUUCAACUGGCUGCUGCUUCCACUAACCUUAGACUAUCCCAGCAAGACUGUUCUCUAUGAGGUCACACUCCCCCUGUAUGGUCCGUUAUACAAGGCUCAGUGCCGUAAAUUGGUGAAAAUGAGUUUGGGGCCAAAGGGCUCCACAUUGUUUGGGCAGCUGGCAACCAGCAAGAAAGGAAUGUGCUCAGCCUUUGAGGAAUAUGGUGCCAUCUACCUUUGAUUUUAUGAAGUUUGAAAGGAUCGUGCUGCACUCCCACCAUGGGCGCCUCUGCCAUUCCUCUGGUGAUCGUGACACUGUUCUGGGCGGCCAUCGGCGGCGUGCUGCCCUUCUUUGUGCGGAAGGGCCCAAACCGUGGCGUCACACAGAGCUGUCUCAUCAUCACGGCAGUGGUCUGCUGGCUGUUCUGGCUCUACUGCUACAUGGCCCAGAUGAACCCGCUCAUCGGGCCCGACCUCAAGAAGAACAUCCUGCUGCUCAUGGACCGCCAGUGGGGACACUUCAAGCCGGAGUAAUGAUCGGGCUUAUACACGGCACGCUGGGAGGGCGAGGAGCAGCGAAUGCGACUGUGGGGAGAGUCCCAGUGCAUGCGAAUUUGUCGCAGAACUGAGACCAUUUGAGUGAUAUCUGCUUCUCCAGAGUUGUAUCUUUGUUCUUUCUGUGUUAACUGAAAAUCUCAAACCGGAUUCUCAUGAAUUUUCUAUGACGAUGAAUUACUAUCAUAUCGUAGCAUUCGUAUCGCACAGUUUCUUACACUCUUAGUCGGCUUUCGUGUCGUUGAACGGUGGAAUUUCUGGUUUCCAUUCUGUGUGUCUUCUUCAUGUAUGGAGUAACUUUUUGUGCCGUUGCCAUAACUGUGGCGCAUGGUUAUGAAUGAGUGAAUGUGAAGUCAUCCAGUAGUGAAUAGUUAAAUGGCGCAUUAUGUGCAAUGGAUAGGAUAAUUGACGUGCUAGGUAAUUAGUUUAUUUAGUACCGUGUAUAUAAUAUAUGUAACGUGAACAUAAAAUACAGACAUUCCAGGGUGACAUG